AUGGAGGCCCCCGGGCCUUUCUUCUGGAGGUGGUGUACCCGAGCGCUCCCGCUGACGCUCGGAGACAUUUUGAAGCUGUGGCUCUGGGAGUUGUGGCUACUGCUGCUGGGCUCCGGUUUGAACGCGAGUUUCUUGCCGCACGAAGAGGACGUAGACUUUAUCAACGAGUACGUGGACCUCCACAAUGAGCUUCGGGGGAACGUCUAUCCCCGAGGGUCUGGCUUGCGCUUCAUGACAUGGGAUGUAGCUUUAUCACGGACUGCUAGAGCAUGGGGGAAAAAAUGUGUGUAUGAGCGUAAUACUCACUUAGAAGACGUACAAAUGGCCCAUCCUAAAUUUUACGGGAUUGGUGAAAAUAUGUGGCUUGGUCCUGAAAAUGAAUUUACUGCAAGUAUCGCUAUCAGAAGUUGGUUUGAAGAGAGGAAAAUGUAUAAUUUUCAAAAUGACAGUUGCUCUAAAAACUGUUCUCAUUAUAUUCAGCUUGUUUGGGACCGCUCUUACAAAGUCGGUUGUGCUGUUACUCCAUGUUCAAGAAUUGGACGUGUUAGACAUGCAGCACUUUUCAUAUGCAAUUAUGCACCAGGAGCAACUCAAGCAAGAAGACCUUAUAAAGCAGGAAAAAUCUGUACUCUCUGUGGAAGCAAAGACAGAUGCACAGAUUUUCUAUGCAGUAAGCUAAAGAAAAUAACUUAAAUAUAAAAAGAAAAAAUUCAUAAAGCAUUGGACAACAAGGAAAACAAAGUGCUUGAACACUAGU